UUUUCAUUUAUUGUCAUUGUUAUUCCGAGUCGACGCAAGAAGACGAGCAACUAUCAUCAGCUUGGAGUAUCGACAACGAGGCAGGCAAAACUACCAAUUUACACGGGAUAACUAUUUUAUGUUUUUCUCGUGGUCGUCAAUUACGACGUGUGUAUAUGUAUCAACAUCGUUAUAUGCAUAGUUCUUAGAACGCGCGUUGCGCUAAAAAUCAUAACAAAUUAUAGUGGAAACGAGCGGCAGUUUCUGUCCAGUGGUCGGUGAAAGGCCAUCAAUUUUCACGGAAAACUUGCGCUGAACAAGUGUUUAUAUUAUUGUGAUAAUUAUUGCAUAUAAUCGAAGAUGCUUGGGCGCAAAGUUCUUAGGACGUUAUAUCACGGACUGUCAAAUAAUUUUUGGCGACAGCUGAAUUCCAGUGCUGUGCUGAGUGUCGAGGCGACUGAUACGACGCAGAGUCGACACUUCGACAGGAAUGCCAAACUGCCGAGGAUAUUAAUAACGGGUGGUCUCGGUCAGCUGGGCACAGAGUGCGCCAAACUUCUCCGCAAGAACUACGGCGACGAAAAUGUCGUGCUGUCGGACAUAAUCAAGCCAACGGACGACGCUUUGAUGAAUGGGCCUUUCAUCUUCGCUGAUAUUCUUGAUUUCAAAGGUCUUCAAAAAAUUGUCGUCAAUUAUAGAAUAGAUUGGCUCAUUCACUUCAGCGCGUUGCUCAGCGCCGUUGGAGAACAGAAUGUUCCCCUCGCUGUGAGAGUGAAUAUCGAAGGUUUGCACAACGUGAUUGAGUUGGCAAAACAAUACAAUUUACGUAUAUUCGUGCCAUCGACGAUCGGUGCGUUUGGGCCUGAUUCUCCGCGCAAUCCUACGCCCAAUGUAACUAUUCAAAGACCGAGGACUAUUUAUGGAGUAAGCAAAGUACACGCUGAGCUGCUUGGCGAGUACUAUCAUCACAAGUUUGGUCUUGAUUUUCGUUGUCUUCGCUUUCCUGGUGUUAUCAGCAGUGAUCCACCUGGUGGUGGCACGACUGAUUAUGCAGUAGCAGUCUUUCAUGAAGGAUUGUUGCAUAAACGUUACGAAUGUUACUUGGAGCCACAUACACGCCUGCCGAUGAUGUACAUUGACGACUGUCUCUCGGCGUUAUUCCAAUUUCUCAAUGCACCGAGUGAAAGACUUCAGAGACGCGUUUAUAAUGUAACUGCUAUGAGUUUCACGCCUGAAGAAUUGUUUGAAGAGAUUAAGAAGCAUCUGCCGGACUUGCAAGUUUCUUAUAAUCCUGACAGUCGACAGAACAUAGCAAACACAUGGCCACAAGUGUUUGACGACAGCGAGGCACGCAGAGAUUGGGGCUGGAAGCACGAAUAUGAUCUUGAUAAACUCGUUAUAAGCAUGAUCCAAGACGUCAGCGAAAACUUCAUUCCAAAAUAUCAACGUUUAUCCGAAGUUAGCAGUUACAUGUAGAUCACAUAUGUUGAA